GUCGUCUGAGUGCGGAACUCCGUCUCGAGAGCCGCAGGCGGUACGCGGGCCGUGUACAGGGGGAAAGUGCAGCUGACCGGGGAACUAGGCCGUUCAAACGUUCAUCCGACAUGGACCGCUCCAUGAGAGGUACAUAUGAGAGGUAUAUAUAAACAUGAGCUACUGAUGUCUGGCGACUUCCUGCAUAACAGGCGAGAGUAGAACGACUAGACUAUGGCAAGUACUAUCACCAAGAUCGAGAUCUUCCGCGUGCCUCCCCGUUGGCUCUUCGUACGAGUUGAAACGCAGGACGGUACGGUAGGUUGGGGGGAAGGCACUCUCGAAGGACAUACGGAGGCGAUCGAGGGAGCCUACCAAGACCUCAUCAGGAGGUUCGUCGGAUGGGAUGCAGACAGAAUCCAAGACAUUUGGCAGCACUGCUAUCGGGCGAGGUUCUACAGAGGAGGGCCCGUACUCAUGUCUGCAGCAUCCGGGCUCGAUAUAGCGCUAUGGGACAUCAAGGGCAAGCGACUUGGUGUACCCGUCUGGCAGUUGCUCGGAGGCAAAGUCCGCGACCGCCUGAAGGUCUACGGGUGGAUUGGGGGAGACAAGCCAAGUGCAGUCGUCGAAGGUGCUCAAGGCCGCAAGGAACAAGGGUUCACGGCUGUGAAGAUGAACGGGACAGAGGCAAUCGGCUGGAUUGACUCACCAGAGCAGCUGCAAGACACCGUUGCACGAGUAAGGGAUGUGAGAGCCCUGGGGUUGGAUGUUGGCGUAGACUUCCAUGGUCGCGUCCACAAGGGCAUGGCAAAACAGCUUGCCAAACUCCUGGAACCCCUGCAGCCACUCUUCAUAGAAGAGCCUCUCCUUGCGUCACAGCCGCUGGAGAUCGCAGACCUGUCCAAGCAGGUCUCUACACCUAUCGCUCUCGGAGAACGUCUACACUCCCGUAGCGAUUUCCGUCCGUACCUCGAAGCGCGUGCCAUCGAUAUCGCACAACCAGACGUCGCUCACUGCGGUGGGAUCAGUGAGCUUCACAGGAUAGCAUCUCUGACUGAGACCUACGACGUUGCUCUUGCGCCGCAUUGCCCACUUGGUCCCAUUGCGCUCGCCGCGUGUAUGCAAGUCGAUAUCGCCGCACCUAACUUCUGUAUCCAGGAAUUGAGUCUGCAGAUGCAUUACAACGAAGGUGCAGAUCUCCUCACCUACCUUGUGGACCCGUCCGUGUUUGCAAUCAAGGACGGAUACGUCGAGGCUCUCCAAGGGCCAGGCUUGGGCAUUGAAAUCAACGAGAAACUCGUGCGUGAAUAUACCGAGCAAUACCAUGAUCAGAAACCUUGGAUCAACGCUGUAUGGACGGGAAAGGACGGGUCGUUGCGCGAAUGGUAAAUGGUACAGUGUGGUAUUACACGAUAGAAACAAUGGAGCGAAACUAUCUCGAUCGCGCGGCCGUUCCUUGCGACGAUGC